CGCCAUCACGCCACCCUUUCUCUCGAGCUCGUGCCGGGGAGAAUCGAAGCGACUGCAGCGAGAUGAACUUCGGGGAGGCGCUCUGAUAAGGUGAGCUGUCCACCCGUAGAGCAGCCACCGCCCUCCGUGUCUCGCACCGCUCCGCCCCGCGCUCCCACGCAGCUGCCAUGACCGACGAGAAGGAGUACCUGCCGGCUAUGGCCGGCGACACAGCUGCGCCUGCUCCGCACGCCACGCCCACGGACGAGAAGCUCGAGAAGGAGGAGGCCCAGCAGGAUGGACUAGACACCGAGUCGCUGUCGCGCGAUUCUGUCAUCGAAACUGGCGACGAUGUGUCUCGCCUCGUCGUGUCAGCGCGAGACGACGGCGAUCCCGCCCUCGCGUUCCCGUUCCGCAGCCUUGUCAUGGGCACGGUCCUAACCGUUCUCUCAAGCGUUAUCUCCAUUUUAUACCUGUUUAAGCCGGUUCAGGUAACUGUGUCAUCAGUUUUCCUCAUUCUGAUAGCGUUCGUUUGGGGGCAGGCUUGGGCGCACCUCACGCCCAGCCCAGCUCGCCUGAGCGGCACGCGCUUCGCCUUCCUCCAAGGCCCGUUUCGCUUCCUCAACUUCGGGCAGCCGUUUGGCAUCAAGGAGCACACCGUCGCCGUGCUGCUGGCGUCGUGCUCGAACAACUCUGCGUCUGGAAUCGAGACAAUUGCCAUCGAAAAGCUCUUCUACAACCGCUCCCCGGAUGCCCUAACCACGGUCAUGGGCCUUUUUGCUGUCUCGCUGUGUGGCUUCGUGCUGGCCGGAGUCUUCCGCACCACGACCAUCUAUCCGUCGGACUGCGUCUAUUGGUCGACGCUGCCCAUGGUGUCGCUCCUUCAGGCACUGCACUUUGACCUCAGCGGGGCGUCCGAGAACAAGAAAAGGGUGACAUUCUUUGGCAAGGCGCUGGUAGUGUCGUCGCUGUAUGAGCUACUACCCGCCUACAUCGCUCCGGUCCUGAACGGAGUCUCCGCCAUCUGCUGGUCCUCUCCGGCGAUCAAGAACGACGGAGCAAAGGCGACAGUCACGCACCUUUUUGGCGGAGCGAACUCCAACGAGGGCCUGGGCGUACUCAAUUUCAGUUUUGACUGGCAGUACCUCACCAGUAGUGCCAUGGCACUGCCUCUGAACCAACAGGCCAAUGCGUGGAUCGGCGUUUUGUUGAUGUACGCCGUCUUCUCUGCUGUCUACUGGGGCGAUGCGUUCGGCGCCAAGUCCAUGGGACUGCCCAUGCUCUCCUCGUCCUUCUUCAACUCCGACGGUACGCGCUACAAGCUCAGCGCCAUCUUGGACGAGAAGCUGGACGUCAACUACGAGGCACUGGCACAAGUCGGCCUGCCGCGUCUGACUGCCAUCACGGUCGUCGGCUUUACGUGCCAGACGCUGGCCAUCGGAGCGCUCCUGUCGCACGUGCUAAUCUUCUACCGCAAGCGACUUCUGACAGCUGUACGCGAGCGUAGGGAGGGGACGGAGACCGACCCGCACAUCCUCGGCAUGCAGAAGUACGCCGAUGUGCCGCUCUGGGCCUACGGCAUCCUCGCAGCGCUAGCCUUCUUCGCCGGACUCAUCGCUGUACUGCAUGGCCAGACGACGCUGCCCGUGUGGGCCUACAUCGUGGCGCUCCUGCUCGGAGGCAUCAUCGCGCCGUUCAGCAUGUCUCUGUAUGCCCGGCUCGGAGAUGGAGUCGGCACCAAUGCGCUGUCCAAGAUGAUUGGCGGCGUGCUUGUGCCUGGCAGGCCGUUGGCUGUGCUCUGGUUCAACAGCUGGUCGCACCAGGUCAUCCUGCUAGCCGUCAAUCUUGCGAAUUGGCUCAAGAUUGCCCAGUACAUCAAGGUGCCUUUCAGAGUCAUGUUCGUGACGCAAAUAUACGGCACGCUGCUGGCGGCGGCGGUGAACUACCUGGUGGCAGACCUCGUCGUCAAUGCACAGCGCGAGAUCCUUCUCGAUCCGCAGGGCAACAACGUCUGGUCAGGCGCGACACUGCAGUCUCUGAACAGCCAGGCCGUCACCUGGGCGCUGGCACGCCAGGUGUACGGCCUCUCGGGCUACUGGCAGGUGCCGUUUGGCCUGCUGAUCGGUUUCGCCCUUCCGCCAGUGCACUGGCUGCUCGAGCAAGCCUUCCCGGGCCUCCAGAAUCUUGGCUUUGAGAUCAUUACGCCGAUGAUUCUUCAGCACGCAGGUGCGAACUCAUUCGCGGGCGCCUUCAGCUACAUCGGCUCGACGGUGGUCGUCGGCGUGAUCUCGCAGGUAUGGGUGCGCCGCCGCUAUCCUCGCUGGUUUGCAAAGAGGUCGUACCUCCUGGGCGCGGGCCUCGACGGCGGCUCGCAGAUCACGAUUUUCAUACUCUCCUUCGCGGUGUAUGGCGCAGCAGGCAUCGCGCGGCCCUUCCCGAGCUGGUGGGGCAACGCGACGACGGGCAACGUCGACCACUGCAACCUGCCGUCGGCCUGA